AUGGGUGAUAAUAAUGAAAUCGAGAUAGCCCCCAAUCAUAAUGCUAUAAACUUUAUGGUAGACGACCGUGGUUUACCAACUCAAAUUGUAGAUAGAAGAAGAGAGACCUUUUUAGGAAUAAUGGGAGGAGUGGGAUACAACACCAAUCAUAUUAUUGGUGCAGGGAUUUUUAAUACUGACAAAAUAUGGUUAUUGGUUGGAUCACCAGGUGUCAUUUUAAUAUUUUUUAUUUUUGGAGGCUUUAUGAGCUUACUUGGCGCUUUAAUAUACAUUGAGCUGGGAAUUAGGUCGCUACCUAAGGGAAUUGGUGAACAAAGAUACAUUGAAAAUGCGUUUCCAGGGAAAAAAAAUUUCGGACAUAUAUUUAGUUUCGUUGUAAUAAUUAUAAUCUUACCCGGAGCCAUAAUUGCUGAUUCCUACGCUUGCGCCCAACAUCUUCUCUAUCUUUUUAAUAAAAAUCCUGUUCCUAAACAAUAUUUUGACACGGAUUACCUUGUUCAGCGUUUAAUGUCAAUUUUAAUUUUGGCAAUUAUCACGGCAUAUAAUAUGUUUUCUAAUAGAUUAUCUGUCUUAAUAAAUAAAAUCUUAGCAUCUAUUAAGAUUUGUGCUAUACUUCUCAUUUCUAUUGCUGGAUUAAUAAAAUUAUCAGGAUCAGAUGCUAAAAAUUGGAAUACAAUUGAAGAAUUGGGAGAACCAAAAGAGGCAAAGUUGAAAUAUUCAAGUCUUAUUAGUGUUUGUGUCUCUUUUAUACUUUAUAUUCUCAUUAAUACUGCUUUCGCAACAUCUCUUGGACAUGAUUUUUUCAUUGAUGAGAGAGGCUUUAAUCAGACUAUUGCUUUCAAUAACACUAUUGCUCUACAAUUUGGUUACAAACUUUUUAAUAAUAAUGAAAUUGGAGCAAAGAUUAUGUCUGCACUUGUUGCAAUUUCCGCUUUCGGAUCUGUGGGCGCGAUGGUUUUCAUUUAUGCACGAAUUAUAAAAUAUGCUGCUGCAACAGAAUUCAUACCUAAAUAUUCUUAUUUAUUUGACAACUUGAACAAGAAGAUUGGUACACCAUUUAACGCAUUACUUGCGCAGUUUCUUUAUUGUUCAAUUUACCUUCUACUCUUUUUCGAUCCAAUAAAAGAUAUUUUUGAAUUUUGUUCUGAAACAUCACAAUAUUUGGCUAUGUUGUUUCAUGGAGCUAGUGCGAUUUGCUUAAUUAUCAUGAAAAACCACUUUGACAUUGUCGCUUUUCAAAUACAUAAAUUGAUUAUUGCAAUUUAUCUUAUAUUCGUAAGUAUAAUUGUCAUUAUAUCAUUUUUCCCACCUGCACCUGGCCAAUUCGAUUAUUAUAUACCAUAUGUGGUAUCUGUGGCAGCUAUACUUAUUGGAGGAAUCAUUUGGCGAUUUCGUAAUUAUUUGGAAAAUCUGGAAGAUCCGGGAUCUGAAGGAUCUGAAGAAUCUGAAGGAUCUGAUAGAUUGCAAUAA